AUGGCUUUUGCAGAAACAAAGCUGGGUGGUACCUGUCUCCUGGGAGUUGGAAUCUGGGUCAUAGCUGAUCCCACAGGAUUUAGAGAGAUCGUGGCUACGAAUCCUUUGCUCUUUACUGGAGCAUAUAUCAUGGCAGCUAUGGGAGCUAUGCUCUUCUUAUUGGGAUUCCUUGGUUGCUGUGGAGCGAUCCGUGAGAACAAAUGUCUCCUCCUUUUUUUCUUCAUGUUUAUUUUGCUAAUCUUCCUGGCAGAACUCUCGGCUGCAAUCUUGGCAUUUAUCUUUAGAGAAAAUCUGACCAGAGAGUUUUUUACCAAGGAACUGAAAAAACAUUAUCAGGGGAACAAUGAAUCAGACGUCUUUUCUUCCACCUGGAACUCAGUCAUGAUCACAUUUGGAUGCUGUGGUGUCAACGGUCCAGAAGAUUUCGAGGCAACCUCUCUUUCCAUUCUUUUGGAUUCCUAUCCUGCUGUUCCUGAAGCUUGUUGUAAACGGGAGCUCCAGUCUCGUGAUGGAGCAUUCAUCAAUAAAGAAGAAUGUUUGAAAGGAAGAGAAGUCUAUCAGAACCAACAGGGUUGCUACGCGGUAAUCCUGAAUUCCCUUGAAACCUAUGUGUAUCUUGCAGGAGCUCUUGCCAUUGGUGUUUUAGCCAUUGAGCUGUUUGCUAUGAUCUUUGCUAUGUGCCUCUUUCGGGGGAUCCAGUAGGAAGUGUUUCAUGAGACACAAAUGAUAUUUCAAGGACUUGCUUUGAAGAAGGAAAAGAAAGAAGAUAAACUUUAUUUUUUGGUUAGCAAACUAAACAAAAGGAGGGAAAGGACUGUAAUAUAUUAAUGAUCAAAAGGAUUGUACUUCAGGGGCUGGAACUUUGAGGUGCUGUCUAGUUCCUUGCCAUCUCCAAGAGGAGUCAUUCAUCUGAAGCCACUCAAAUGGAUUGCACUAAAAGCCUGCAAGUCAGGAUGGGAAAUAAACUCUAAUAAUAUCCAUGAUGUUGUCUGGAACACACAUCUCUCAUACAAUAAAGAUCCAUUGAUUGAAGAAGAUAAAGAAGACUACCUACUUUAAACAAGAUCUUCAUUUAAAAUACUAAAUCUGUCAUCCUAAAGCAUUGAGAUAUAUACAGAUUGCUUCAGUUUUAAGCUAAGAGGGGCAAAUGCAUUGGCACUUGACUUGCAAGCGUUCUACCAAGAUAAACAGUUUUCCAUCUCAUGUGUGAUCCAGAAGAUGCAAGCAUUUAGGAAUGCUUAGAAUGGAGAAUGCCUUCUCCAAGAAUCUUGAGGAUGGGGUUGUGUGUAUCAGAUCUAAUGGUGAAAAGUAGGGUAAGCUGAAAUCAGUGCAUACCAUUUUAGUGCAUACCAUUUAUCACAUUGAAUUUUCUGAUCAGUGUUAUGUGAGAACAAAGACUAAAGCAGCUCAGCUGCUGGUUCCCUCACCUUAAAGAAAAAAAAGUUCUUGUCUAGAAUUGUUGGUGCUGCCUCCCCUAAGGAGAUGUAUCUGUUUUGGGUUUUUUAGGCUUUUGAAUGUCUUGUCACCAUCAUGCUCUGUGAAAAAUACAUAGCCAAGUUUGGCCUUCAUAUAGCAAUUGAUUUAGCUUGGUGUCUUGUCCCCAUGUGCCUUUCAACUGUGUUAAAAAUAAUCCCCCAACAAGGACAGAAAGCAGUGAGGCACUUUUGCAGUUGCCUUUUGCAAAAAUUAAUUUGUAAGUUUUGUGGUGUUGCUUCUGACCUAGGCAUUUUCGCUUAAAAAAAAACCCAAUAUACUCUGAUUUAUUUUAUUUUAUUCAUUUUAACUGUUGCCAAGUUCUAGCUUCAGUGGUCUAUUAUCCAAUCAGCAAACACAGUCAAUAAGCCCGAGAGGCAUAACUGAAAUUCCAAGACAUACAAGUAGUGAACAUUUGAAAUACAAAGACUUUUGAGCUUGAAACUUUCUAUUUCAAGUUUUAAAUAGUCCCUUCAAAUUUGAAAUGGUUUUCCCUGACCAUCCCAGGAGAGUCGAACUGCCCCAAAACACUUGCUUCAAACUGGGAAUAUUUUGUUCAGCCUCAAAUCCAAGCUGUUGUUGUUUAGGAUUCUGAUAAACAUGUAAAUUAGAAUGAAAUUGCAUUAUUUACUGAAUGGUGGGCAAAGAUGUAAACUGGCAAAGUAAUGUGAUAUGACAGUUUUAAAUGAGAUGGUAACCUACUACUAAAAAUACGAAUACCAUGUUUCCCCAAAAAUACGACAAGGUCUUAUU